AUGGCUGCAACAUUCGACGGCGGAGUGAUCCUGGGCGCCGAUUCUCGGACGUCAACAGGUGACUAUAUUGCCAACAGGGUAACAGACAAGAUCACCCCGCUGUCCGAUUCUGUCUACAUCUGCCGGUCGGGCUCCGCGGCCGACACGCAAAACAUGUCGCGCUACAUCUCCUGGUUCCUGGAGCAGCACGAGAUGGACCUCGGGGAGGGGCCGCGGGUGGAGACGGCCGCCAAGCUGGCCCAGAGCAUGGCCUACCAGAACAAGAACCACUUGCAGGCGGGGCUCAUCGUGGCGGGGUGGGACCGAGUGGCCGGGGGCAGCGUCUUUGCCAUACCCCUGGGUGGUACCAUCGUCAAUACCCCCUUCUCCAUUGGCGGCUCCGGGUCGGCCUACAUCACCGGGCUCUGUGACCGCCUCUGGAAGGCAAACAUGACGGAGGAGGAGUGCAAGGCGUUUGUGAUCAAGGCGGUGUCGCACGCCAUGGCUCGGGACGGGUCCUCGGGCGGUUGCAUACGCACCGUGAUCAUCACCAAGGACGGCGUGAAGAGGGACUUCCUGCCGCACAACCGCAUCCCCAUAACGCAUGGCGAGCUACCUCAUCCCGAGCCACAAUCAGACAGCGAGGUGGCCAGGUUCGGCAUCGUUACAGUGAGCGAUCGCGCCUCGGCCGGCGUGUACGAGGACGCCAGUGGACCGGCCAUCUUGGGUUUUUUCCACGACGCCAUCUCGACAAGAUGGGAGGCCGAGUACCGCUGCGUCCCGGAUGACCAGCCCACCAUAGAGGCCACCCUCAAGGAGCUGGUUGAUCAAGCCCGCUGUUCCCUGGUGGUCACAACCGGGGGAACGGGGCCGUCUCCCCGCGACGUCACGCCAGAGGCGACGGCGUCGGUGUGCCAGAGGAUGAUGCCGGGGUACGGCGAGCAGAUGCGGGCCGUGUCCCUGCGCCACGUUCCCACCGCUGUGCUCUCCAGGCAGACCGCCGGCCUGCGGGGCAAGGCCCUGAUCCUGAACCUGCCCGGCAAGCCCAAGGCCAUCCGCGAGACCAUCGACGAGGUGUUUGCCUCCAUCCCCGCCUGCAUCCGCUUGCUGGGGGGCCCAGACAUCAGGACGGACGACUCCGUCGUGAAGGCCUUCCGCAUGCCCGACGCCAGCCUGCCGCCCAGGGAAGGGCGCUGA